GCGCACGCGUCCCCAGGGCGGCCUGCUGUGACCCUGUGAGGUUGCCGUCGUGUAGUGCGCAGGUACGACGUCGCGUAUGCGCAGACGCUCGGCGCAGAGGCCUGCCGGAAGCCAAGAUGGCGCGUAAGAGGUCUCCGUUCCGCGUUUGGCGCCUUGUCAGGCUCUGAGCCGGUGCUUUGGGCAGGGCUGUGGCUCACGCCCUCGGCGCGGCGAUGGCCCGGCAUCGAAAUGUCCGAGGCUAUAACUACGAUGAAGAUUUUGAAGAUGAUGAUUUCUAUGGCCAAUCUGUGGAGGAUGAUUAUUGUAUUUCACCAUCAACAGCUGCUCAGUUUAUUUACUCACGGCGUGACAACGCUACAGAAGAUGAUUACGAAGAUCUGAAAGAGUCUUCUAAUUCUCCCUUGAAUCACCAGUUAAGUGAAAUUGAUCAAGCUCGUCUUUAUUCCUGCCUUGAUCACAUGAGAGAGGUGCUGGGAGAUGCUAUGCCAGAUGAAAUCCUGAUUGAAGCCAUUCUCAAGAACAAGUUUGAUGUGCAGAAGGCUUUGUCAGCGGUUCUGGAGCAAGGCAAUGUGCAGAAUGUGCAGGGCAGGAGUGAAAGAGCAGUGUCUGCUGGAAAGGCAGCAAAAGGAGUCUUAUUUUCUUCUUUUGAAGUUUCAGCUGAUAAUGUUCAAAGUUCUUAUUCUCAAUCGGAAAAUCAUUUGAAUUGCAGUAGCAAGUCCUUUGAUUUUUCUAGCUCGAUAGCAAAAUAUGGAUCACAUAAUUCUUCAGUUGUGCCAAGUCAGUAUUUACUCCAUAGGAAAAAGAAACUUGACAGGCCUAAAAGUGAAAAGGAACUAGAAUCAUGUAAGUUAACAAAAGAGCUGUCCCUAGCUGACCUGAUUCACAGUAUGCCAAGAGAUUCUUGUGCAAGUCAGCCCUCAGCCGGACUGCCAGCCACAGACAGUCUAGGAAGCCUGUGUUCAAAGAGUCUAGAUGCUGAUGUGUUAAGACCUCCUGCAUCUGGAUGUGCUUCCAAAGAUGAUGUUGCUUUCAAAGGAAUUCCAGAUUUAAAGUUCUUAAUGAGAGAAAGUGUAAAGUCUAAUGAUUCUUUGGUUAUUCACAGCAGCUCACUAUCUGAUUUCCAAAACAUUCCAGUGCAAAACUGCUUGGACAGUUUAAAUAAUCCUUUACAGCUACCUAGGUCGUUGGAAGAUAAUUUAAAUCCUAUAAACACUGAAGUUGGAAAUACUUCUUUAGGUGGACAGAGUGCCAAGAAUAACAUUUUAAAACCCAAUAGUUUGUCCUUUUCCCAGUGUGGAAGUCUGUCCCUAGCUGAGCUGUUUCAGAAACACAGAGAAGACAGUCCAAGCCAGUCCUUUGCUUUAUCUGAUCUGUGUAACCAGUCAUCAGCCAGUGUGGGAUCCUUUCCCCUGUCACAACUAGCAAACUGCUGUCAGUCUUCUAGUGGAAUAUCAGAGUUAACAGGAUCUCUGUCAUCUUUGGCAUUUUGUAAAGCUUCUCCCACAAGAGACCUGGAGAAUUUGUCACUUUCUGAUUUGAUUGCAGGAACUAUUGAACUAGACAACUCUCAGAUUAAGAAAGAUUCCUUUGAGCUCACUUUAUCUGAAAUGAGGAAUCCUGGAAUAGAUUCAAAUAUUGAUCUUAGUGUCCUGAUAAAAACUCCAAAUUUUGUUCCAAAGCCAGUAGUUGACCCAUCAGUUGCUCCAACACCAGAAACUAAAAUUUCUUGUUCAAAAUUAGGGAAAAAUUCCAGUUCUGCUAAGGAUAGUAAGAAAAACAAAAAAGACUCUCUUACUAAGAAACUGCCUUUUUCUCUGGCUUGGACCAAGGCCCUUGCUGCUAGACCUUCAGCAUUUGCUUCAACACUGUGUCUUCGUUACCCACUGAAAAGCUGCAAGAGGCGCACCCUUGACCUCUACAAGACUUUCCUUUAUAGUAGACAAGUUCAAGAUAUAUCUGACAAAGAAUUAAGUCCUCUUGUAGCAAUAACACCAUUUGACUUCAAAUCAGCAUCUCCUGAUGACAUUGUAAAAGCUCAUCAAAAGAAAGCAUUUACUAGAGAGUAGUGACAAAAGGAAAACUUGGUUCCUGUUGUAAGCUUUUUAUUUUAAUGUAAAGUCUUUGUAGGAUCACUAUUAGGGGAUUCAAAUUGUGAUUUUUAUUAAAAUUAUCUUGUCGUUUAUAAUUUAAGUUGAUAAUGUAUUUUUGCACUGAGAAUUUUUUUAGAUGAUAUCUUGUAGUAAUGACUGGCUUAAUCUGAGUUGAUAGCUCAUAUGAGUGUAUGUUUACAAAGUGCAUAUGAUAACUUGGUAUUGCAAAAUUGAGCCUCAGAUCUUUUCAUUUGCCAUUCAGCUUUCUAAGUUUUUGCAAUGAGAUGUUCUAUAAAAUAUUUUUGUGCUUUUUUUUUUCUUAAAUGAAAAAAAUGCAGCUACUUGGGAUUAUCACAGUUUGAAGAUUAUUUUUAGGAUAAUAGAGAUAUAUAACAUUGCUAAGAUACACUUAUAUUUUAAAAGACUACUGGUAUCAUUCUUAGUUUAUUAUUUUAUUUAGGUGAGUACUAAAUUUUUUCUAUUAGAAAACCUUAAAAUUCUUGAUUUUUGAGAGUACUAUGAAAUUUGAUUAAGCAACAUUUUUGAUUAUAAUAAAAUGAAAAUCUUUUAAGGGACCAUGUAAAUAUUGAAGGUGGAUUAAUACAUAAAUUAUUUUUAUAUAUUAUACAUUUUAUACAUUUCAAAGCCACAUUUGUCCAAAACAUAUUCUUUGAAAUAAACAUACAGAAAGUGUUUUGAAGUAUGGUUGCAUGUUGUUUAAAUAGCUGUACCAGAGCUCUGUCAUGGUUUCUUUUAGGUAAGUAACAAGCUGUGGAGCCUUCCUCUUUGCUCAUGAUGACUGUGUGCCCACUGGUCACAAAGUUUUAGCAGUAGCAGAUCACACGCGAGCUCUGGUAGUUAGUGGGAUAAGCAUGUUUUCAUCUAUAAUCUGUAGCAGUGCUCCUCAGGCAGCAAUCAGUCACUGGGCGUAUAGUUUCAAAACACAGCCACUCUUGCUUCUUUUCUGACUUGCUGAGUUGAGUUUCUGAGGGAGGCCCUUGGAGAGAUGUUUUCCAGGUAAUGAUGGUGCCCACGUCUACUUGAGAAUGGGGAGUGGAAUUUUUAAUGCCCAAAAUAACCGACCAACUUAAUUUCUAAAAAUCAGGAAUACCAAGGAAAAUUGCUAGUCAGGAAUAAUGGCCUUUGGAUUAGAAUACUAAUGGAGUGUUAGUGUUUUGGUUUUUUUGUUUGUUUUUUGAGACAGGGUCUCCCUGUAGCCCCAGCUGUCUUGGAACUUGUUCUGUACACCAGGCUGGCCUUGAUCUCACAGAGAUCCAUCUGCCUCUGCCUCUCAAGUGCUGGGACUAAAGGUAUGUGCCACCACACCAGGCUAGUGUUAGUGUUCUUUUGCAUAAAAUAAUACAGUAAUAAAUAAAAUGUUAUUUCUUAGUGAAAAUGAAGCAGCUGCCCUUUUUUCUAGUAAAAUUCUUUCCUCUGGCAGCUUCUUUAUUAUGGCAUUGACACUUUCUUUAUGUUGUUUGUUUUUAGAUUAACAUUCCAGUGUUCUUAGCUAGCCGUAGUAUUCUCGUAUACAGUACUUCUGUAGGAAAAGUUUAGAUUGCUCUUGACCAAAUGUUUCUUGCUUUUCUCCCUAUGCUGGGAUUGAACUCAGGACCUUUUGCAUGCUAGGAAAGAACUUUUUCCACUUAGCUGCAGGGCCAGCCCUCCAUUUUGAUUUUAAUUGACUAUUUCGUUGCUCAUAAUAUUUAAGGAUUUUAAAAAUCACAAGCUGUGUUUUAUGAUCAAUAUUAAAAUUUGAAUUACUCCUAACUUCUGCAUUUGGUUUUCUAGACUUUCACCUCAGUUAGUUUAGUAGCUGAGCUAUUUGUAUGACUUAACAACUAUAUACUGUAUAGCAGUGUUCAGUUUAGGAUUGAAUUUAUUCUAAGAAUUUGUAAUUGAUAGUUACUUCUGCUAGGUUAAGCCCUGUACAAAUGGUCUACUUUACACAUAAAGCCACAUAUUUUUACUUAACCCACACUACAGAUGACUUGACCUUCUUUUAUAACAAAUGAAUUUUUGAGUCAAGAAACAGUACUUUUAAUGCACGCUUGGUAGGUUAACUGUGUGCCCCUGGUUAGGAUUGAAACGACUCAGGAGAUUGUUCUUGUGCGGAAAAAUGUUCAUUAUAUGUAAUACAUAUGUACUUUUACUUUUUAAAAGAAAAGUUCUAGCCUCCCUCCUUUUCUUAUCUUGGCUACUGCCUGUCAGGCACAUACUUGACAAGCACUAUUCAGAGGUGGAAUCAAGAAGCCUCCCCUGCUUUCUACCGUUGACCAUUGGCCUUUGGUAAAAGACGAGUGCUGCUUCCUUUGGAUGACUGUUUGUACCAAAUGGGCAUUCUGCACCAUGUGCUGGUCAUUAACUGGCUGCUGUCUUGGUAGCUCAGGGAUGUUGAAUGAGUAGAGUUUAUUGUCUAGCUCAGAUACCAGUUUUUGAGAUGCAAAGCCAUUUCUGUUUGCAUUAUGAUCAAAUGGAAUCAUAAUGGAAAUGGGAUUACAUUGUAAAUGUUAUAAAAGACACUCAAAGUGAUAAUUUAUGCUCUUUCUUCGAUCUUUAAGGGAUCCUAUGUUCAUGGAUGUUUUAUCCUUCUGUAUUCUAAAGGGUUAGAGUUAGUUGCACAGAACUAGAGAUUCAUUCUGUACAGAACAUUGAACUGUUUGAUAUUUGCCUCCGUUCUCACAUGCAUUGUCACCUAUUUUCCUCCCUUUAGCUUUGAAUCCUUUCUUGAACUUUUACCCUUUCUUUCUCAAAGCAGUAGUAACUUUUCUCAGUGUAUUAUAUUUAAUUUUUAGUAUAUUUUUAGUUGUGUGAUUAGUGGAUAAUCAUACAACUAAUUUACACACCUAGGAUAAAACUAGUAAGAUGCUUUUCUUUACAUAUAAAAGGAAGCACUUAAUCAGUGAAGUGUGAAUUCUUAAAUGGCAAUUUUCUUUUAUAUUGACCUCAAAUCUGUAUUUGGAUCAUUAUAUUGGAAAAGAACAGUGUCAGUAAGCUUUUUGUUUUAUGGUCAUAAAAGUUUAUUUGAUGAUAAAAUGAGUUUUGUGAUAGCUUAUAAAUUGUGUUGUUAUAUUUAUAAAUGGGGUGUGUAUAAGCAAAGAUAAUGUUUGCUAGAAAGAAGGAUCUAAAGAAAUGUUUAUAGUAGUUUUUUAGCUGUGUACAUAUAGUUGUAUAAGACUGUAAUUGUGUAAUUGAUUUUUAGGCCAUGAAAACUUGUCACAUUUUGAGUGUAAUACGCAUUUUUUUAAAAAGCUGCAUUGAAAGAAAUUAUAAUUCUGAAGUUUCUGAAGUGUGAAAACAUAAUUUAUCCAUUGGAAGUUUCUAUAUAAACUUGAUAUGGCAGAAUGGAAUUUUGGUAAUUUAUGCAGAAAGUGCUGUUUCAUGUUUCUAUAAACAAAUUGAAAAAUA